UGGCCUGCCCGCCUGCCCGCCUUUGCGCCAAACGGAGGCCGCGGGAGGGGCGCUGCCAGGGCUGCCUCCUCCCCGAGCGCCGCCUCCCGCCCGCCUCCCUGCCUUCUUCCCCGGAGCCGAGCCCCGCCGCAGCCCUUUCGCCUCGGGACGCCCCAGGGUGCGGCUGCCAGGGAUCGGGGCCAGGGCGAGGAGAGGAGAGAAGAGGCCGACCGGAGGAGCCCCCACCCGCACCCCGUCCCACCCCGCAGCAUGACGCUCAAAGGCGGGCAGGCGGGCGACGGCGCGAGCCACAUGCGGACGGCGCUCUCGGACCUCUACCUGGAGCACCUGCUGCAGAACAGGCCCAAGGCCGAGGCAAUUCCCUGCCCGCUGAAUGCAGUGACUGAGGAUAUUUACACCAAUGGCUCAGCCAUGCUGGGCAGCCCAGUCCACGCCAAUGACCGGGAGGUGCGGAAAAUCAGGUUCAUCCAGUUUGAGAAAGUCACGGAGGAACCCAUGGGCAUCACGCUGAAGCUGAAUGAAAAGAAGAGCUGCAUGGUGGCCAGGAUCCUCCAUGGAGGAAUGAUCCACAAGCAAGGCUUCCUACAUGUGGGGGAUGAGAUCCUAGAAAUCAAUGGGAAAAGUGUCAGCAACCACUCUGUAGACCAGCUUCAGAAGAUACUGAAAGAAACCAAGGGAACAGUGUCCCUAAAGAUCCUUCCAAACCAACAGAGUCGCAUUCCUGCCCUUCAGAUGUUUGUGAAGGCUCAGUUUGACUACGACCCCCAAAAGGACCCCCUGAUACCGUGCAAAGAAGCCGGGCUGAAGUUCCAGACAGGAGAUGUCAUUGAGAUCAUCAACAAGGAUGACAGCAACUGGUGGCAAGGCCGGCUGGAGGGUUCCUCCACUGGAUCCGCAGGACUCAUCCCUUCCCUGGAGCUACAAGAGUGGCGUGUUGCAAGCACAACCCAGGGGAACCCCACGCAAGCCCAGAGCUGUAGCCCUUUCGGGAAAAAGAAGAAAUGCAAAGACAAGUACUUGGCGAAGCACAGCUCAAUUUUCGACCAACUGGAUGUGGUGUCUUACGAAGAGGUAGUGAGGAUUCCAGCCUUUAAACGGAAAACCCUGGUGCUUAUAGGAGCCAGCGGUGUUGGCCGGAGUCACAUCAAGAAUGCCUUGCUCAGAAAAAGUCCUGAGAAGUUUGGCUAUCCUAUUCCAUACACCACUCGGCCCCAGAAGAAGAGCGAAGUGGAUGGGAAAGACUACCACUUUGUUUCCACGGAGGACAUGACGAAAGAUAUCGCUGCCAACGAAUUCCUGGAGUUUGGGAGCUACCAGGGCAACAUGUUUGGCACCAAAUUUGAGACGGUGCAUAAGAUUCACGAACAGGACAAGAUAGCCAUAUUGGACAUUGAACCCCAGACGUUGAAGAUUAUCCAUACGGCCGAGUUUUCUCCAUUCAUCGUGUUCAUUGCUCCAACUGACAAGGCCAACGAGACGGAAACCUUGCAACUGCUUCAGAAAGACUCCGGGGCCAUCAGGAGCAGAUAUGCUCACUAUUUUGACCUUUCGCUCGUGAACAACGGCAUCGACGAAAGCCUCGAGCAGCUCCAGGCGGCGUUUGAUCGCGCCUGCAGCACUCCGCAGUGGGUCCCCGUUUCCUGGGUAUACUGAGCUGGAACUGGAAGGAGUCGCUCCCAGAAACCCCCUUCAAUACACAGCAUGCGGGGAACGAGGAGGGCCACCCACUCCCCUGCUCAACGCCUGCCACAGCCCUUCUGCUCCUACCUCGGAGCAGCUGUUACUUCUGGAUCAGGCACUCCUGAAAUAAUAAUGAAAUGUGCCCUCAGACACCCUGGGGAGUGCAGCACCAGAAAUGGCACAGAGGAUGAACCAUCUCCAAUAAACACAUCUCUCUAAAUUACAUCAAAAGCCAUAUGUUGCGAGUGACCAGGGGAGUUAAGCUCUUUUAAAAACAUUAAAUACUUUUGCCCAUUUUAGAUAAAUUAGGUUCUUUAUAUAUAUAAUCAGCCCUACCUCUUUCCUUGGGUUAUAUGGCAUAGGGGGGGGACCCGCAAAACGAAAAACCACUUAUAAAAAGAAAUAUUUUUAUAACCUUGAUUAAAUAAUUCAGUAGGAAUCUUCAGACAGAAAUGGAUCACAGCGAGACCUAGAGAGAGCAUUUCUAAUCCCAUCUGCAGAAGUCAAACCUCCAAAUGUCGAGGGCUGACUAUAAUUUUAAAAAAGUAAGAUUUCCUAUGUUCUUCUCAGGGCCCUUCCACAGCCAUAUAAAUCCAGAAUAUCAAGGCAGAAAAUCCUACAAUAUCUGCUUUGAACUGGGUUAUCUGAUUCCACACUGCCAUAUAUCCCCGUUCAAAGCAGAUAUUGUGGGAUUUUCUGCCUUGAUAUUCUGGGUUACAUGGCUAUGCGGAAGGGCCCUAAAAGCGCUCUCCAGUUUCACAGGAAAUGACUCAAAAACAAGUCACACGACUCAUUUUUUCUCUUUUUUCAAUUGAGUCACAAACUUGGUAGAUGCAGGGAAUGCUAUGGAUGUAGCAUAUCUUGAUUCCAGCAAGGCCUUCCUUUGGCAAAGUCCUCCAUGACCUUCUUCCAAGCAAAUUAGUUCAAUGUGGGCUAGACAAGGCUACUAUUAGGUGGAUCUGUAUUGGUUGAGCGACCGAACUCAAAGGGUGCUUCUCAAUGGAUCUUCAUCCUGGAAAGAAGUGUUGAGUGAAGCGCCAUAAAGAGGGUUCUGUUUUAGGCCUAGUUCUGUUCUUUAUUAAUGACUUGGAUGAAGGUAUAGGGGGGGCUGCUUAUCAAGAUUGCUGAUGGGACCAAAUGAGAAGGGAGAGCAAAUACUCCAGAGGACAGGAUCAGGAAUCAAAAUGACCUCAACAGAUUGGCCAAAACUAACAAUGCAUUUCAGCAAGGACAAAUGCCAGAUAUUCCACUUAGGCAGAAAAAAGGAAAUGCAAAUCAGUGGACACACCUUUUGCCCAUAGAAAUAAUUCUUCCAGGAGUGAAUUUCCCUUCUGAUGGGUAGAUUUCUCACUUCCUGUCGUCUCAUCCCCAUUGUUACUAGGAGUUGUUUGUAGGUUGGACUGCAAUGUAUAUAUCUGGAUGUUUGGGCUGAGGAUCCAAAACAAUCCGACUGUGAAGAAUGUACUCUUGGGGCUCAGAGAAGGUGCUAUGUUUGUUUUUAUACUUGAGGCAAAUGAUGGAAGAAACAACUUGCAGUCAGGACACAGCAUGACACCUUCCAGCACCUGCAUGCUGUAUUUAAAUUAUUGUGGACUAGUCCCAUGACUUAGGGUAGCUCAUUUGUUAUAUGCAAGGAAACUGCAUCAUCCUUUCUGCCUUUUACCAAAAAGAAUGACUUUGUUCCACUGUCACUCUUCCUUCCCUUCACCCACAAGCACAACUUAAGAGUAGGGACUCCUCAGACAGCGGCACACAUCUAACAUGAGAUUAUUUCAUAUGCCUUGGUGUGAUAUAGAAGGGAAGCAAGCACAACGUGUCAUACAAUAAUACCCAACCAAAAUCUGAUGAUGGUUGGAUCUUCGGUUGCAUCUAUUACAGGAAUUAACAAGCAGCAAUAAAAAUAUGAAAGUAUUGUGCAA